AUGGCCUCUAAUGACUUCGCCCUAGCCCAACAGCGGCUCGCAGCAAGACGACAGGCACGAGAGGCAGAUGCUCAGGCUCGAAUACUUGCGCAACAACAAGCUGCGCAGGCCUCAAAUCAACUGAACCAACUCCCUUACCCCCUCAACCGACUCGGACACGCAGGUAUAUCAGUAUGGGAUGGCAUAAACGGGCGAGAGGGUACUCGGCCAGCCUUCAGAGUUGGGCAGGUGGACGCUGAGCUCUUGGACGAGGAGCUGCUCGAGCUACUGAAGGGACAAGUGGGAGACGCACUGAAAUACUUCGGAUCGCAUCUGCAGGACGACUGGUCUGCCGAGAUCAUGCUUGCACUACGAGCAAUACUGUUCAAAGUCACAGUCUGGGACCACGAUGCGACGUACGGCGCUGCGCUGCAGAAUCUGAAAUUUACAGAUGCGAGACACAAAGGGCCUGUCUUGGUAACCCCCUCAAAAUGGCAGAAGACCUUCUAUGGACUAUUCACAGUUGGGGGAAAAUAUGCUUGGACGAGGUGGGAGAACUGGCUUGUGGAUAAUGACAACGGCUACGAUCAGCUGAGUCCAACUUUUCGGAAGCUAUCAAGGUUAUCGGAUUCUAUAUCAACAGUUCACUCUACAGCCGCUUUUGCUUCUUUUCUGGUAUUCCUUGUAAAUGGGAGGUAUCGAACACUACUUGAUAGGAUGUUAAGACUCCGUCUGGCUCCUCCUACAAGUCAGGUUAGUCGAGAAGUAUCAUUCGAAUAUCUCAAUCGACAGCUGGUAUGGCACGCCUUUACAGAGUUUCUACUGUUUGUGUUGCCUCUCGUUGGGAUCAGUAGAUGGAGACGAUGGCUCGCGCGAGCCUGGCGGAAAACGAAGUCAGUGAUGCGCAGCGCCAGAGAAGAUGAGACUGAGAUCAAGAGCGGAGAAUUUGCUUUCCUGCCGGAGAGAACUUGUGCGAUCUGCUACCAGGACCAGAAUACAACAUCAACAUCUGAGGCGGAGGUGAUUGCUGCUUCUGGGGCAUCAGGAGUCGUUGGAUCAGCUCAGACCGAUAUCACCAAUCCGUACGAGACUACUCCCUGUGGUUGUAUAUACUGCUUUGUCUGCUUAGCCAGCCGACUCGAAGCAGAGGAUGGGGAAGGUUGGAUCUGUUUGAGGUGUGGCACAGAAGUCAAGGAAUGCAAACCAUGGAGUGGAGACGUAAUCGAGGAGGCGUCUAAACCCACGGGGCCAUCUAAAUCAGUGGGAUUUUCAGAACCGAGUGUUAUAGCUAAUAUUGAGCAUUGUCCGGAGAAUGGGAAUGCACAAAGUCAAGGUGUUAGAGAUGAAGACUCUUCAUCAGAACCCUCGGCACUUGGAGACUCAGAAGCGUUCGACGAGGAAGAAGAUGGGGUGAUUGAAGAUGAUGAAUGA